AUGAAGAGUACACUCUCACACUCUCCCUUAUUCAUAGUCCUGAUCCUGUUGAUGUUCUUCUCCCUAGGCCAAGGGCUGAACCCAAAAUGUGACACGAAAGAUGAAGGGUCAACCUUGAAAGUUUACCAUGUGUUCAGCCCAUGUUCCCCAUUUAGGCCAACAAAGGCACUUUCAUGGGAAGAGAGUGUCCUUGAGAUGCAAGCAAAGGACCAAGCCAGGCUUCAAUUCUUGGCCAGUUUGGUGGCUGGGAAGUCCAUUGUGCCCAUUGCCUCAGGAAGACAAAUCACGCAAAGCCCAACAUACAUUGUGAGAGCCAAAAUAGGUACCCCACCUCAAGCCUUGCUCUUGGCCAUGGACACUAGCAAUGAUGCUGCUUGGAUACCCUGCACUGCCUGUGAUGGUUGCUCUUCAACCUUGUUUUCUCCUGAAAACUCUUCCUCUUUCAAGAAUGUUAUCUGUGGUUCUCCUCAGUGCACCCAGGUACCCAACCCCAGUUGCGGAACCAGCGCGUGCACCUUCAACUUGACCUAUGGUAGCUCCACCAUAGCGGCUAAUGUGGUCCAAGACACAUUUACCUUAGCCACUGACCCUGUUCCUGACUACACUUUUGGUUGCAUUUCAAAGGCUACGGGGACCUCUGCUCCACCACAGGGCCUACUGGGUCUGGGCCGAGGCCCAUUAUCAUUUUUGUCUCAGACCCAAAACCUCUAUCAGUCCACAUUCUCUUAUUGCUUGCCUAAUUUCAAAUCACUUAACUUCUCUGGGUCACUAAGACUUGGGCCUGUUUCCCAGCCCAAGAAUAUCAAGUUCACCCCUCUUCUCAGGAACCCUAGAAGAUCAUCACUCUACUAUGUUAACUUAGUUGCUAUUAGGGUUGGCCGGAAAGUUGUUGAUAUCCCUCCGGCAGCAUUGGCAUUCGAUCCGUCAACCGGAGGCGGCACCAUCUUUGAUUCCGGUACGGUGUUCACCCGGCUAGUUGCACCGGCCUACGUGGCGGUCCGAGACGAGUUCCGGCGACGAGUUGGGGCGAACCUCCCCGUGACAACCCUAGGAGGGUUUGACACAUGCUACACAGUCCCAAUAGUAGCACCCACAAUAACAUUCAUGUUCUCGGGCAUGAACGUGACACUGCCACCUGACAACAUUCUCAUACAUAGUACUGCCGGUAGCACCACUUGCUUGGCCAUGGCUGCGGCUCCAGUCAACGUGAACUCGGUGCUCAAUGUGAUAGCCAACAUGCAGCAACAAAAUCACCGUGUGCUCUAUGAUGUGCCCAACUCGAGGCUUGGUGUUGCUCGUGAGCUUUGCACUUAG